AUGUUGACACCGGAACCCUUAGCCUCUGCUUCUCAGCUCCCGUGGUCUAGAGCCGGUUGCAAGCGGUGCAAGGUUCGAAAAAUCAAGUGCGAUGAAGUUCAUCCCAAGUGCGGCAAUUGCGUCAAGCACGGGGUGCCAUGCGACUUUGAGAAUCCCACAGUCGUCCACGAACUCGUCACGGCUGCCCCGACGGCGGCGACACCCUCCUCUGCCACUUUCGACCCCGUUAGCCCGGCGCCUAGUAAUUUCACCAGUGUUCCGCCCCUCCCCGUCCCCGCCGCGACAGGCGUACCGAGCGGCACCAGCCGGUAUCUCGAAUUAAAACUCAUGCACCACUAUACCACGCACACGUGUAAGACUUUAGCCACCAGUGUUAACAUUUCCGACGAUGUGUGGAUGAAUGCCGUGCCCAGGCUCGCCUUUGAAGGCGCGCCGUACCUGGCUGACGCCAUGCUUGCCGUUGCCGCUCUGCACCUGCGGUCGAGGAAUCCGGAUGACCAGGACAUUGUGCAGGCGUCGCACGCGUACAUGGCUUCGUCCCUCGCUGCCUAUUGCGACACCCUCAAGGCCGGCAUCAACGAGUCAAAUGCCGAGUCACUGUUCCUUACUGCCUCAUUAAUAGCAUACCAGUCCACGGCCACGCGGCUGUUUGUCCGGGACGACCCAAACUCUACCACCUCUUCAAACACGAGAAGCGGCUACAACCUACCCCUAUCCUGGUUCCACGCUUUCCAGGGUGUAAAAGCCGUCGUCGACGAAGUGGAUAUCGAAGAUGAGAAAGAUCCACAGUCUACGCAGGAUGCCUACUUACAUGCCAUUUCGGUUUUGAAUUGGGCUCACAGAUCUCCCCAUACUGCAGCCUGCCUUGCCUUCCCAGCUACUGUUGCGAGGCGAUUCGUCGAGCUAAUCGAGCUGAAACGGCCCCGUGCUCUGGUCAUACUCGCCUGCUUCUUUGCCCUGCUCAAACGAGCCCAGCACUUGUGGUGGAUCGACGGGGUGCCUCGGAGGGAAAUUAUGGGCGUGGUAUCUCUCUUUGAGUCGGGGUCGCCGUGGUGGCCUCACUUGGACUGGCCUCUGAAAAUAGCUCUCUACGAGGGCGCCAUCAUCCCACCUGAGGUAUGGGGCUUUGACUGGGUAGCCGAGACGAAUAGGGCCGCCCACGGAUAUAAUCAGCAAACGACAUUCGUUGAACAUAUCGAAGUCGUAGCGCAGAUGCUGUCGCAGCCGAAUCCGCUUCCUUGCGGCCCCGACCCUCUAGAUCAGAACAUGCUAUAG